GUGAGCAGGCGGCCUCUUGCUCGGCAAGCAGGAAGACAUGGCUGCGGGGGAGACUCAGCUCUACGCCAAGGUCUCCAGCAAGCUCAAGGGCCGCAGCACCGCCUCGCUCCUGGACCCCCUCCUGGCCAUGGGCUAUCCCACACAUACCGCGCUCAAAGCACUAGCAGCCACAGGAAGGAAGACGGCAGAGGAGGCCGCAGACUGGCUUCAUGGCCACUGCAGUGACCCUUCGCUGGAUGACCCUAUACCUCAAGAGUACGCGCUCUUCCUCUGCCCCACGGGGCCUUUGCUGGAAAAACUCCAAGAGUUCUGGAGGGAGAGCAGACGCCAGUGUGCAAAGAACAGAGCUCACGAGGUCUUCCCUCACGUGACACUCUGUGACUUUUUCACGUGUGAAGACCAGAAAGUGGAGUGUUUGUACGAGGCUCUGAGGCGAGCAGGGGACAGGAUCCUGGGCUCCUUCCCCACCCUGGUUCCUCUUGCUCUCCAUUCUUCCACCAGCUACCUCGGCUUCUUCAUCGACGACAGCCCCGCUGACGUCAUCCGGGAAUUCGCUGCAGCGUUCGCCUCUGAGGCAUCAGUCUUGGCAGACUGCACCGUCAAGCCGUGCACCAAGCAGCUGCACCUGACCUUGGCCCACAAGUUCUACCCUCACCACCAAAGGACCCUGGAGCAGCUGGCCAGAGCCAUCCAGCCCAGCCAUGCCUGUCAGUGGACAGCUGCUCUAUACUCCCGAGACAUGCGUUUUGUGCACUACCAGACCCUGAAGGCGCUGUUCCAGUACAAACCCCAGAAUGCGGACGAGCUAAUGCUCAUUCCUGGUGACUACAUCUUCGUGGAUCCUACUCAGCAGGAGGAAGCCAGCGAGGGCUGGGCCAUCGGGACCUCACAUCGGACUGGCUGCCGGGGCUUCUUGCCAGAGAACUACACGGAGCGAGCCAAUGAGGCUGACACGUGGGUGAAGCACAGGACGUACACAUUCAGUCUUGCCAUGGACCUGAACUCUAGGAGGGAUGGUGAAGCCAUCAGCAGGAGAAAUGGGGAAUCCCACACCCCGUCAAUGCCAAGGAGCGUUAGCAGCAUACAGGCCCUGCAGGCGACCAUCGCGAGAAGAGGUGUUCUGGUAGCACGCCAUGGGGAGAGAGUGGACCAGGUCUUCGGGAAGUCUUGGCUCCAACAGUGCACUACGGCCGAUGGAAAAUACUGCAGGCCAGACCUGAACUUCCCCCGCAGCCUGCCCAGGAGGAGCAAUGGCAUCAAAGACUUUGAAAACGAUCCACCAUUAUCAUCCUGCGGGAUUUUCCAGGCCAGGCUUGCUGGAGAGGCCCUGCUGGACAGCGGUAUCAGAAUCACGGCAGCCUUUGCCUCUCCGGCCCUGCGCUGCGUGCAGACAGCCAAGUGCAUCCUGGAAGAACUUAAACUGGAGAAGAAGCUGAAGAUACGAGUUGAGCCCGGAAUCUUCGAAUGGAUGAAGUGGGAAGCCAGCAAGACCACUCUGACCUUCUUGACCUUGGAGGAGCUGAAAGAGGCGAACUUCAAUGUUGACCUUAACUACAGGCCUGCAUUUCCCCGCUCCUCCCUCAUGCCGGCCGAGAGCUACGACCAGUAUGUGGACAGGUGCGCUGUGAGCAUGGGGCACAUCGUCAGCACAUGCCCACAGGACAUGGGCAUCACCCUCAUCGUGAGCCACAGCUCAGCACUCGACUCCUGCACGAGACCCCUCCUCAAGCUGCCGCCCAGAGAGUGUGCCGAUUUUGCCCAACUGGUGAGAAAGAUUCCAUCCCUGGGAAUGUGCUUCUGUGAAGAAAACAGAGAGGAAGGAAAGUGGGAGCUAGUGGACCCCCCAGUGAAGACGCUGACACACGGGGCCAACUCAGCCUUUAACUGGAGAAACUGGAUCUCCCGAAACUGAGCCAGCCCAAGCCUUCCAGGAAGAGAUCCAGAUGUGGAACCCUCCAGCACCACGUCUGCCUGUGUGCCGCCAUGUUCCUCACCAUGAGGAUGAUGGACUAAAGCUCUGGAACUGUAAGCGAGCCCAGUUAAAUGUGUCUCUUUAAAAGAGUUGCCUCGGUUGUGGUAUCUCUUCACAGCAACAGAACACUCAGACAUACAGAGAAGCAAGCCUGCGAAGAAAUAUCAGGAGAUGCCUCCUGCAAGCCAAGGAGAGGGGCGCCAGGAGGAAGCAGGCUGGGACACCUCAAUGGUGGAUUUCCUUUAGAUUAAAGCAUCUAGUCUAUGUACACUGUAUAGCAGUCAUAAAUAACUACCAUAGGGCAUGAAGGUCAUUGCCAAGGGCACCAAAACUACCCCGCUCAGGAGCUAGACGCUAGGGAGGUUAUGCAGCUCCAUAUGAAGCACAGAAUAAACAGUGACAUCAGCUGGACCUGUCUACCCAGUGUGCGUAGGGGUCAGAACUUACACUAAGCAUCGUAGGCAUUGCAUGGAGGACGGGUGCAAAGAUGCCUCCAUUCUUUGUCAAGGUUUUGUGCAUCCCCAGAUCUUGGCACCUAUGAGAAAACCUAGUCACAGGGAGUACCAGCGAGUGACUACAGAAGCACAGACCAGACACUGGGGUCAGGGAAACCUGUAAGGCUCCUAACUAGAGCAAAGGUUAUUCUGAGAAUAGGACGUAGUCAUUUCCGGCCACAAGGUCUUCUACUGUGGCUAUGAAUAGCCAUGUCAAGGUCAGAACACUCUGAGUCAAGCUCAGAGGCCCAGAGCCUGGCCUCACCCUUGUAGGUCUUCUGUGUUCUACUUCCUCGCCUGUGAAAUGGGCGAACAUCAGAAUCUUCUGGGGCGUUGGGGUGUGGCAAGCAGCCCACCCGAGGAAGGAACCAUAACAGUUCUCCAGCUGCGGUAACAGCUCUGCCUCUGCUCAGGUUGACAGCUGGAUUACCCUGAGCCUUCUAGAGUGCCUUGCUGCCCUGUGGAGAGGGGCAUCGAGUCUAGUGUGGCCAACCAGAUGCCAGGACGCACUUUCAGUCCUGUGGAAAGGGAAGACUCUAACACCUGGGAUUUGAGAAAACUGACUGAAAUAGAUUUUUCUAGAUCCUGGAAUGUAAGAAAAUCAUAUACCAAAAAAGUAAAAUAGCAAUUUAGUUAACAUCAGAAAUUCAGGGUACUUUUUGAGAAAGAGAGAGAGAUUCAGAAAUGGCUCCUGAAAAGAGGCAGAUGCCAAGAAUGGCUUUUAUGGACCCUGGUUUCCUAGCAGAGUAUAAUGAUAUACAGAAAUGAGAAUGUCAAGCAGUGGUGGCACAUGCCUUUAAUCCCAGUACUUGGGAGGCAGAGCCAGGUGGAUCUCUGUGAGUUCGAGGCCAGCCUGGUCUACAGAGUGAUUCCAGGACAGUCAUGGUUACACACAGAGAAACCCUGUCUCAAAAAAGAAAGAAAGAAAGAAAGAAAGAAAGAAAGAAAGAAAGAAAGAAAGAAAGAAAGAAAGAAAGAAAGAAAGAAAGAAAGAACCCAUUAUUUUUGGACACCAAAAAAAAAUUUUUUUAAGUGAAAUCAGGUCCCACAUUUGCUGUGUGGAUCUAUCUUCCCACCAUGAACAACUGAAACGAGAACGAAUUGCUGAGACUGACAAAAGUCAGUACAAGAUGGCAGCUUCUGAAGAGAAAAGAGUCCUGUGUUUCCUACUGCCUCUUCCUGGACCAUGAGCAGGCAGAACCACCACUUGGGCAAAGGGGACCCAAGAGCCUUGAACACAGCGGAUCCCUGACAGCUCACCUAAGAAGUUCACCAAACAAGCCAAGGCAUUACCGAGGGGCAGCAGGCUGUACCUCGGCUCCAUCUACCCACGGGCACAAGCCACCGGGAGAUGUGAUGAGAACGGUCCAGCAUGAAAAUGUUUGAUUUCAACGGUGGAGCAACCAUGAAGAUGCCGCAGAAGUGCUAAGGCUGGAAAGAAUGGCCCAGAAAGGACAAACUGGAAACGGGGGGUCACUUCCUGUCUUUUCCAGAGCUGGGGUGCUGAGCUUGCUCAAGAGUGUGCUUGCCACACUCCAGGAAAAGAGCCACAUCCCAACCUCCUCCAGUCCAGGGCUGGCCCCAGGCUGCAGGAAGCAGGUGAGCUGAGACCAGCCAGGCCACAGGCAGAUGGAGGACAUUUCUGAAAGGCACCUCUCCCCAGAUGGCCACAACUAGGUGAUUAUCCAUCAGGCCACGUAGAAUCCCACCACAGCACUCAACAUGAGCAGGAAGAAACAAAGAUGGCAGCAACCAGGCAGAAGGUGAGGCCCCGUCACCUCCUCCUCCGGAACACGCUUCUUCCCUACUGAGGAAGCAUAGUUAUCCGCCGCCACAGAGAAGGGCUGACACCUCCCUCGGAGGCAGCGAGAAUGGCAGGUAAGGAGACGAGUGCCAAGAAGCUGAUGAUUGGCACAAGCCGUUUACCUUCAGAACGAAAUCAUCCUGAGGUGAAGCGUACUUUAAACCUGCCGCAUGCAAUGAAUGCAAGCAUGUACAGACACACGCAUCAGACUAAGACUCAAAACGUCAAGCUGCCCUUCAAGUAACUACAGCCUGGAAAACAACAGCAGCAACAAAAACUACAAAAGGCCUCCAUCACUUUUCAAAUCGAUACAGCGUGGCGCUGAGUACCAAGCCAGCGAUGCCAGGCAGGGACUUCAGCUCUGCGGAAGGAGGGCCUACCGGGACUUCUCUCCUCUCUUCCCAAAGCUGCUGAAAUACUCAGGCACACCUCGGGCUAUCACAGGCUCACUCGCACACCCCUGCUGCAAAGCAAAGGCUGCAGUAGAGUGAACCCCAGGGAAUUUCUGGUCUCCCGGUGAACACAAAGCUACACCUUACUGUUCUCUACUGUGCGUGUGUGUGUGUGCGUGUGUGUGUGUGUGUGUGUGUGUGUGUGUCUGUGUGUGGUAGGGAGAUGUUUUAAAAAAGCAGUGGAUUUACCUUAAUUUAAAACAUCGCUGAAGAAGAAAUGGGUAACCGCUGUCUGAGCUAUUGGGAAAAUGGUAUCAGUGGAUUUCAGUGGAUUUGCACGUUGUGAGAUUGCCACAUACUCUGAGAAAAAGAGAAAAAAAAAAAACGGUAAAGAAAAACCCACAUCAAUGCAUGAAGCAAUAAAGCAAAUUAAACAAGACAUGCUUCUUGCUGUGGUUCCCAUUCUGGUGCUGUGAGGAGACUCUCCAACCCUUGGCGUUUUGGAUUCUGAAAUAUUUGUCCUUUGCUCUGUCCUCAUUUCUCCACCCUCGUUCGGAAACUUAACACUUUCGGAUCCUCACUUUCCACACCAAUGU